GAAGAAUCAUAGAUUUCUGAAUUUCUCCAGCUACCCCAGCUACACACGCUACACACUCAGCUGUGUCCGUGUGUGUCUCACAGAUCCUUCGGUCGAGUUGUCAAACAAACAUUACGAGUUUUUACAAUGGCCAACAGCCACCGAAGAGCGUCGACGGAGGAGAGCCUGAUUCUCAUCAGGCAAUCGUUGAGGUCGCAGGAAAUGGAUCACAUGGAAGGGCAUCACUACGACGGCGAUAUACCUCACGUGUUCGUCACCCUGGGGGCGUCGGGUGACCUUGCGAAGAAGAAAAUUUAUCCUACUCUGUGGUGGCUCUUCAGGGACAACUUGCUACCAAAAACUACAACUUUCUUUGGCUAUGCUAGAAGCAAAAUGAGCAUCAGCGAGCUGCGGCAAAAAUGCGAUCCUUGGAUGAAAUUGAAACCUGGAGAAGAAACGAAAUAUGAGGAGUUCUGGAAACUGAAUCAUUACACAAGCGGAAAUUACGAUUCCAAGGAGGAUUUCGUGAAACUCAACAAGGAACUCGAGCAGCAGGAGAAGGGGGUCUCUGCCAAUCGAUUAUUUUAUCUCGCUCUUCCACCCACGGUUUUUGAACCGGUCACCGUUCACAUACGGUCUUCUUGCAUGGGCAGAAAAGGAUGGACCAGAGUCAUAAUAGAAAAACCAUUCGGACGCGACGCCCGCACGUCGGAGCAGCUGUCGAAUCAUCUGGGCAGUCUUUUUAACGAGGAACAAAUCUACCGAAUCGAUCAUUAUUUAGGCAAGGAAAUGGUACAGAAUUUAAUGACAUUAAGAUUUGGCAACAGAAUGUUCGGUCCGACGUGGAACAGGGACCACAUUGCUUCAGUACUGAUUACUUUUAAAGAGCCUUUCGGUACUGGUGGCAGAGGCGGAUAUUUCGACGAGUUUGGCAUCAUCAGGGACGUCAUGCAAAAUCAUCUUUUGCAAAUACUUUCUCUCGUCGCCAUGGAGAAACCGGUGUCGUGUAAUCCUGACGACAUAAGAAACGAAAAAGUCAAAGUUCUCAAGUGCAUAAACACGUUGGACCUCGAUGACGUUGUGCUUGGUCAAUACGUUGGCAAUCCAAAACUGGAAGAUCCCGAGGCCCAAUUGGGUUACCUCGACGAUCCAACCGUUCCCUCAAAUUCCAAUACACCGACUUUUGCCCAAGCCAUUGUAAAGAUAAAUAACGAACGUUGGGACGGAGUACCGUUCAUUUUAAAAUGUGGCAAAGCUUUGAACGAGCGUAAAGCGGAAGUGAGAAUUCAAUAUCGUGAUGUACCCGGCGACAUAUUCGAAGGAAAAGCGAAAAGAAACGAGUUGGUUAUUCGUGUACAACCGGGCGAAGCACUGUACGUGAAAAUGAUGACAAAAUCACCUGGUAUUACAUUCGACAUGGAAGAAACGGAGCUCGAUCUGACAUACAGUCGGAGAUACAAAGAUUUAAAACUACCAGACGCUUAUGAAAGAUUAAUCCUCGAUGUGUUUUGUGGCUCUCAGAUGCACUUUGUCCGCAGCGACGAAUUGUCCGAGGCGUGGAGAAUUUUCACGCCGCUUUUGCAUCGUAUAGAGCAAGAAAAAAUUGAGCCUAUUCCUUACGAAUAUUCGUCGCGUGGACCGCGAGAGGCUGAUGAAAUGGCGAAACGAAAUGAUUUUAUAUACUACGGAUCAUACAAAUGGAUCAAACACCAUUGACAGCAUUUUUUGUUAUGAAUUCUAAACACAGAUUUUGGGUUGAAUGUUCUACUUAUAUUUGUACUUGUCUGUACAUAAAAUGGAUUUGUAUUUUUCAAGCUAUUGCUCUUACAGUGUUUAUGAUGAAGAGAAGGAAUAAAGUUUUUUUACAUUCCAAUAA